AUGUCUCGCACCGAGAAGAGAAAUGCAAUUCCGUUUCCAAUGAGGAGAAAUCAAAACAGUGACCUCGGGCGGACUCGAACCGCCGACCUUCUGUGUCGCACCGAGAAGAGAAAUGCAAUUCCGUUUCCAAUGAGGAGAAAUCAAAACAGUGACCUCGGGCGGACUCGAACCGCCGACCUUCUGUGUGUGAGACAGAUGUGA